GGAGAGUAUCCGUUUACCAAUAUCGACGAUAUGUCAAGAUCCGGUGAACAGGAAGCUAUUCAAGCUUUACAAAGCUCUUUAGAUGUUCCUGUAGAUACUGCCCAAUCUGUUUUAGAGUCAUUUAAUUGGAAUGUACAGGAGGCAGUGGAAUUUUUAACGGGUGAAUCUUCCCAGGAAUCCAGAAAGAAGAAGCCGCUUCCUGGAUUUGGGUUUUUCCAUUCCAUUUUUUCGUUUAUUUUCAGCGGCUUCUACAAGUUUUGGAUGUUUUUGUCACGCGUACCAUUGCUGCCAACAUUCCUUCCUAUCCUUGGUGCUAGGAAACGCUACUUGUCACCAGCCGAUGCAGCAAAUAAGUUGCUUCAAAAUUUGGAAGAACAGUAUGGUACAAAUCAUAUUGACUUUUUCACUGAAGGUGGGUAUAUGGAAGCAUUGGCCAGAACGAAACGUAGCUUCGGGGUGGCUCUAUUGUUUUUUACAAGUACAAAGAGUGAUGACAUGGAGGACUUUUCCAAAAAGGUUCUCAUGGACGAAGAAGUCAAAGGGUUCUUAUCCCGUCGCAACAUUCUUUGUUGGGUUGGUGACGUUUGCGAAGACGAAGCUUUUCAAGGAUCUAGACAAUUCAAUUGCACAAAGUUUCCUUCUGCAGUUUUGAUUAUGUAUUCUCCUCAACUUUCAGAACUUGUAGUCGCGGCUCAUUUGCAUGGACCUAUGGAUUCAACUCUGCUUCAAAAUACUUUAACAAACGCUUUGGCACGUCAUUUACCUUCUUUGGAAAGGUUCCGUACCGAAAGAGAGUCUAGAGAAUCUACGAGAGAAUUAAGACGUCAACAGGAUGAUGCUUAUCAAGCAUCGCUUGCUCGCGAUCGUGAGAGGCAAAAGCAAGCCAAGGAAGAACGUGAACGUAAACAAAAAGAACAAGAGGAAAAAGAAAGAAUGCUAAAAUUGUCUCUUCAGUAUCGUUCUUGGUUGGCUGUUAGCAUUCCCUCUGAACCACAACCCAAUACGCAAGCAGCUCGUCUUUCUAUUCGCUUACCUGAUGGGACUCGUGUUAUUCGAAGAUUUGAGAAAGAUUGUUUGGUUAAAAGCAUAUAUGAAUUCGUGGACAGCUUGCUUUUUGCUAAAGAAGAACCUGAAGUUUAUGAACAAGCUAUGUCUUCUUCUGCUGUCCUUGCUCCUCCUGAGAAUUAUCAGCACAAAUUUCAUUUUAGUCUCUAUUCUUCUCUUCCAAGAGAAAUUUUGGAAAUGGAGUCGACAAUUUGCGAUCUUCCUUCCGUGUUUCCUAGUGGCACCGUUGUUGUCGAACUAGAAGAUUAAAACUCUAGUCGUUGAUCUAUCUCAUUAUGAGCUCUUUUUUUAUUCUAAUUUUCAUUUCAUUAAUUUUUGUUGUUGACGUCGCUGCGGUUCUUCCAUUUCUAUGAGCAACUUUACAUGAAUUGCUUUCUCCGGUUUCCAUUCUUCCUUUAUUUUCUUUUCCUUGUGUUUUUAUAUGCUCAAUACGUUUUAUAUAUAAAUAACUAAUGCCAUUUCUUUUACCAAGGAAACUAUGGUUAACAUUCAAUCUAAGAACGAACAUUUGUAUCAUAUGGAACUAGCAUGCCUUUAUCAUCCCUUUAUUACAUUUUUAAAGGCUACAUAAUAUUUAUUUUGAUUAUUUUGUUUUUAGGACUAUAGACUUGUCAAUAGCUAAAUGAAUUGCUCACGAGUAACGAUGAUAGAAAUAACUACCAUGGAGCUAAGCACAAAAUCUUGAU